CCGCCUUUCUCUUUUUCUCUCCCAAAUCUCUCUGAAAUCUCUCUCUCUCUCUCUCAGUUGAUAAAGAUGUGCGGUGGAGCCAUGGCCUCCGAUUUCGUCCAACCAAAAUCCUCCGGGAAGUCCGUCGUCGACAACCACCUCUGGCCCCAACUCGACACCUUCUCCGACCUGUCCGGCAAAACCGACCCCAACAAUCCGGCCAAUGGUCUGGAGAUUCAGAGUCGACUCUCUCAAGUGAAAGGUGAGAAGCCGGAAGAAUUUGAAGCAGGGGAAAAGGAGAAGGUGAAGAGAGUUCGCAAAAACAAAUACAGAGGAAUCCGGCGGCGGCCAUGGGGCAAAUGGGCCGCCGAGAUUCGAGACCCACACAAGGGCUACCGUGUUUGGCUUGGAACCUACAACACCGCCGAAGAUGCCGCCAGAGCCUACGACCAAGCUGCCAUACGAAUCAGAGGCAAAAAGGCCAAACUCAACUUCACUCACCCGCCGCCACCGCCGCCGCCGUCGCCGCCACUUCCAUUACAGCCCCAACCCCUCGCCACACCCACCGACGUGGAACUCAAAGACCAAAUCUCGCGCUUGGAAUCGUUUUUGUGUCUCGACCCAGAACCCACACCAGACCUCUGGUGGGUCGAUGAGCUUCUCGCCUAUCAAGAUCAAAAUCGCAUACUCUAACCAUCUAAGAUAGAUCGGAGUCUCUAAUGAUCACUAUUAAAAAUUUG